AUGGAAGUGGCCAACCAGUCCAUUGUGGCAGAAUUUGUCUUGUUGGGUCUGUCAGAUCAGCCAAAGCUGGAGAAAACGUUCUUCGUGCUCCUCCUGUCAAUGUACCUGGUGAUCCUGCUGGGCAAUGGGAUCCUCAUUCUGGUGACCAUCCUUGACUCCCAGCUGCAUAUGCCCAUGUACUUCUUCCUGGGGAAUCUCUCCUUCCUGGACAUCUGCUAUACAACAUCUUCCAUCCCUCUAAUCCUGGAUGGCUUCCUCACUCCCAGGAAAACCAUCUCCUUCUCAGGCUGUGCUGUACAGAUGUUUCUCUCCUUUGCCAUGGGAGCCACAGAGUGUGUGCUUCUGGGUAUGAUGGCAUUUGAUCGCUACGUGGCCAUCUGCAACCCCCUUAGAUACCCCGUGGUCAUGAGCAAGGCUGCCUAUGUGCCCAUGGCUGCCAGCUCCUGGGUGGCUGGGGGAGCCAACUCCCUGGUGCAGAUCUCUCUUGCAGUACAAUUACCAUUCUGUGGGGACAAUGUCAUUAACCACUUCACCUGUGAGAUCCUGGCUGUCCUGAAGUUGGCCUGCGCUGACAUCUCCAUCAAUGUGAUUAGCAUGGGGGUGGCCAAUGUGAUCUUCCUGGGGGUCCCAGUUCUGUUCAUCUUUGUCUCCUACAUCUUCAUCCUCACCACCAUCCUGAGGAUUCCCUCAGCUGAGGGCCAGCAAAAGGCCUUCUCCACCUGCUCUGCCCACCUUACUGUGGUGGUCAUCUUCUAUGGAACUAUCCUAUUCAUGUAUGCAAAGCCCAAAUCAAAGGACCCCCUGGGAGCGGACAAGCAGGAUGUUUCAGACAAGCUCAUUUCUCUCUUCUAUGGAGUGCUGACCCCCAUGCUCAACCCCAUCAUCUACAGCCUCAGAAACAAGGACGUGAAGGUUGCUGUGAAGAAACUGGUGACUCAUAAAUGCUUUGCCCAGUGA